GGUCUGGAUGGCCAAAGUAUCUACACUGCAUGCUGCACUCUGCGUAUUGAUUUCUCCAAGUUAAGUAACCUUAAGGUGAAGUACAACAAUGACAAAAGUAGAGAUUUCACUCGCCUUGACCUUCCUUCUGGUGAUGGCCAGCCAUCUCUGGAGCCGUCCAUAGCUACUCCAUUUGGCACCCCAAAUAUCAUCUUCCCAUCAUAUGCAGGAGCUCCUGGGUUUGCCCCAGCCAUUGGGUUUCCGCAAGGUGCUGGUUUUCCGGUUCCAUCUGUUUCUCAUGCAGUCACCACACCUGGAGCAUCUGGACAGAUGACUAUUCCUAAUGUUACUAGUGUUUCAGGAAAUUCGGUUCUACUAGUCAGCAACCUCAACCCUGAAGCUAUCACACCACAUGGACUUUUCAUCCUGUUUGGUGUGUAUGGUGACGUGCAUCGUGUGAAGAUCAUGUAUAAGAAAAAAGAAAACGCUUUGGUUCAGAUGGCAGAUGCAACCCAGGCUCAAUUAGCUAUGAGCCACUUGAAUGGACAGAAGAUUUAUGGAAAGGUCCUCCGUGCUACUCUUUCAAAACAUCAGGUAGUUCAACUUCCUCGUGAGGGACAAGAGGACCAAGGUCUGACAAAGGACUAUAGCAAUAGCCCUUUACAUCGCUUUAAGAAGCCUGGCUCUAGGAAUUUCCAAAAUAUCUUUCCUCCAUCUGCCACCCUGCAUCUCUCCAACAUCCCGCCUUCUGUUACUGUUGAUGAUCUGAAGAAACUUUUUGCAAAUACUGGAUCUACUGUGAAAGCCUUCAGGUUCUUCCAGAAAGAUUGCAAAAUGGCUCUUAUCCAGCUGAGCUCUGUGGAAGAAGCAGUUCACGCUCUCAUUGAGCUUCACAAUCAUGACCUUGGAGAAAACCAUCACCUCCGAGUUUCCUUCUCAAAAUCUACAAUCUGA